UCGAACUUCCUCAGCUCCGUUUUUCAUUUUAGAUUUUGUUUCAAUCAAAUCGAAAAUUUCAUCUUGCUUCUUCUUGGGGCGAAAAGGAAUAACGUCUUUUGUCAUCUAAAUCAUUGACUAAAUCGAAUUCUGAUCCGCCAUGGCUGCCAAGAUUCUUGCCAACUGAAUUGUAAUGCGCUCAGCUAAAUCUGGUGUUACUCACGAGACACUACAAAACGCUGCCCGUAGAGCUGGUAAAGUCAUGGCAGAGCAAGAAGCUAGGCAGAUUCUCGGUGUAAGCGAGAAUUCCACUUGGGAGGAGAUAAUCAAGAAGUACGAUCAUUUAUUUGAGAAGAAUGCCAAGGUCGGCAGCUUCUAUCUUCAGUCGAAGGUUCAUCGGGCCAUCGAGCCAAAGGAGAAGGCACUCCUCCUGGUUGAGAAUUCGACCAGGUUUACUCGUUUCACAUACAGUUGCCUGUUUGUAAACUAAUUCAGACAAAAAUGGUCGCAAAGAUUUAAAUCAUAUGCACCAGCCUCUCCAGCUUCAAACACCGAUUCAUUCAAAUUGUGUCCUCAAUGUUAUAUAGUUGAGUGGUUGCAAGUAAUAACAAAGUUUUUCAUAAGCCGUCUUAUUGUCGGCUAGCUUGUUGCAGUUGUAAUACUUAUUCCUUAUUAAGUGCACAGUAGAUUAAUGUGU